AUCAGAGGAGAGCAUGCAUCUUCUUCUUCUUCUUCUUCUGCUCGUCUCUGGAUCAUGCACACUAAAGGAAGCCCCUCCUGCUGCUGCUCCUUCGAGGACUACAACCUGACCACUGAGUGGCUCCUGAACCACACCUCCCAGCGCCCCAAGGUGGCUGUGAUCUGUGGCUCUGGACUGGGACUACUGGCUGACGGAGCCGCGGACAAGCAGACCUUCAGGUACCAGGACAUCCCCAACUUCCCCGUCAGCACAGUGGCGGGUCAUGAAGGCUGUCUGGUGUUUGGGACGAUCGAGGACACUUCCUGUGUCUUCAUGCAGGGACACUUCCACCUGUAUGAAGGUUACUCCCUCUGCCAG